AUGAGACCUGACGAAACAGAUCCUCUGCAGCAUCCUGCGCUCGAGCUCCCCUCUCUUCUGAUCACACUGGGAUCUGAGCUUCGAUCACCCGUUGCAUUAGGUAUGUCGGAGAAAAAGAAGGCACGCAAGCGGGCGAAGGUCAAGCGUUGGGUGAGAAGCUGGGUUUUCACUCCUCUUGGGAAGGUGAGGAUCAAGUUGGUCAGCAAGAUCGAGCGCACGAGACGUCGAAGUAUCCCGGACUAUGAGCUCCAUCGGAUCGUUUCUGGAGCCCUGACUGAUCGAUAUCCGAGCCGCGCUUUUCGGGAUCGCAGUGAUCUCAAGGGAUCGACCCCAAGGAGGAUGUCCAUAUUCAGCACUGAGUCUAACCAAUCUCUGGUAAAUCUGGUUCCUAUGUCCACAAAAUCAGCGUCUCCACGAGACAAAUCUUCUAGACUUGAUGUAGAUGUGGCCAACGGCCCUCUAGUUAACAAAGUCGAGAUCGCUGAUGCUACCGCUCAGUCUAAGUCUCCUAAUGAUCCCCGUGGAAGCUGGAGAGGGGAUGAGAAUUCUGUGCUGAGAAUCAUGAAUCCGGACUUUUAUGAAUUGAGUAGUGGUGAAGAGAAGUCUGAGGGGUCAGACCGGAUUUCUGUAUUUGAGGUUGAUAGCAAUGUGUACGAGCUUUCCGCAAUCGCAAGCCCAGACUUACCUGCUGAGUUAAGUGGUGAAGAACAGCAACUCGGGAAUUCACGUUCUUCUUCAGUCAGGCCCAAUGAUGGGAUGGACAAUCUCCCAGUGAUUGAAGAACUGGCUCCUCAAAUCCCUGAUUUGUGUUUCAUCCAUCAACCUGAUCCAACAUUAUGCUGCCUCGUCACCUCAGCUCUUCGGGAUUCCAGCUCACCAGUUCUUUUCGAGGACGGUAUCUGCUCAUGUGCACACGCCUCCAAAUGUGAUGACCCAGUGAUUCAACAUAUGCCCUCAUCGGAUAUGUCACUAUCCACCACCAUCACGAGGGCCAAUCCCCCAAAGAUCACUACAGAAGAAGUCCUCCUCCGCCAUACAUACAACAAGCAAAAUGCCAUCCUAAGUACUCGUCAUAUCUCCCUGAAUGUUGUACCACGAACAUUCAUAGUUCGAAAAGCAUGCAAUGUCGCCCUCAACCAAACGCAGAAUGAUGCCCUGCUGCCCAGUCCAGUAGAGACAUCCCACGUUGUGACAACACCAGUACGCCCAUCAUACAGUCUUCGCCGUAAAAUCCAACAUGGCCCAUUACCUCCCCUGCCUCCUUCAACAUCCACAUCACACCUACCCAGAACCUCAUCCGCUCGUUCUUCUGGGCCAGCAAACCCCAACUCUCAGCCACCCGGCAUUUCAUCCACCACUCAUUCUCCCUCUGCGUCAGCAACACCUGUGGAUCUCCCACAGUACCCUGACCGACCAACUUCAAUGUGCAAUAGCUGUCUUGCAGGACGACACCGUCCUCUCUACAGUCAUCCAUAUCGGUGCCGCAGCCUGCAGUUUGGAAAUGCCCCGCUCCCAUACCCGCUUAGCCCCCGAGAAUCAAUCCCAUCUGGCAGUGACAGUUUGCCAGCCUCGCUCAGGUCUGGCCCUCAGUGCCGGCACUGCACAACCCGUCAAUCUGGGAUCAUUUCUCUUCCAGUUUUGGUUGGUCCUCGGCCGUUGAGUCGCAUCUCAGAAUCUUUCUCAGACACUUCACCUGAUUCUCCUUGGGUUGGCCCUGUAGGCCACAUGGCGUUCUAUGCUGGAUCUGCAGAGGAUUUCCCCUUGCAUAUUGAACCUGAUCGCAGGGGUGAUUUAUGUGGGUUCGAAAUGUGUCUAAUUGCGGGAUCGGCUGCGCAACACCGCAGAUACCGUUAA